AUGAGUGGUGAAUUAGUUAAUUAUAAAAGGUUAGAAAAAGUUGGUGAAGGUACUUAUGGUGUUGUUUACAAGGCGUUAGAUAUGCGUCAAGGACAAAGAAUUGUUGCCUUGAAGAAGAUCAGGUUAGAAAGUGAAGAUGAAGGUGUGCCUAGUACUGCUAUUAGAGAAAUUUCGUUAUUGAAAGAAUUGAAAGAUGAUAAUAUUGUUAGGUUGUAUGAUAUUGUUCAUUCAGAUGCUCAUAAAUUAUAUUUAGUUUUUGAAUUCUUGGAUCUAGAUUUGAAAAGGUAUAUGGAGAGUAUACCAAAGGAACAAUCCUUGGGAGACAAUAUUAUUAAGAAGUUUAUGAGUCAAUUAUGUAAGGGGAUUGCAUAUUGUCAUGCUCAUAGAAUUUUACAUCGUGAUUUAAAACCACAAAAUUUGUUAAUUAAUAAAGAGGGUAAUUUAAAAUUGGCUGAUUUUGGUUUAGCAAGAGCCUUUGGUGUUCCCCUAAGAGCAUAUACGCAUGAAAUUGUUACUUUAUGGUAUAGAGCGCCUGAGGUUUUAUUAGGUGGUAAACAAUACAGUACAGGUGUCGAUACAUGGUCCAUUGGAUGUAUAUUUGCUGAAAUGUGCAAUAGGAAACCUAUCUUCAGCGGUGACAGUGAAAUUGAUCAAAUUUUCAAGAUUUUCAGAAUAUUAGGUACACCCAAUGAAACCAUAUGGCCAGAUAUUGUGUAUUUACCAGAUUUUAAGACAAGCUUCCCGCAAUGGCGUAGAAAGGAUUUGCAACAAGUGGUUCCAAGUUUAGAUCCGCAAGGGAUUGAUUUGUUGGACAAAUUAUUAGCAUAUGACCCUAUCAAUAGAAUUAGUGCAAGAAGAGCAGUGGCACAUCCGUAUUUUCAACAAACAGGAACAAAUGAAUGA